UUAGAGCAAUUAACAUGAAAGAGUUAAAUAGUGGUAGCAGUACGAGACUCUCAACUUUAGGAUAUUCCUUAUGGUUCGCUAGGUAGUUAGGGUUGACGAGGGCGGUGGAGAGAUUGACGGGAUCAAUUGAACCGGGAAACCGGACCUAGAAUAAUGUUCGAGGAUGAAUUUGUAAGGUUUGACAAUACGGACAAAAUAUAAGAAGAUCGUCAGGUAAACUCUAGAAAGAUUAGUAAAAAUACGGAAGAAGGAUAAAGUAGAGAACAUAAUACGGAACAGGCCAUCGAGCCCAUCGAGUAAGUAUAGUAGAAGAGGCGGCAAGUGCCCGAGAAAUCGAAGACCUGAGAGAGCAAGUGUCGGCAUUGAGGACAACGACGAAGACAAUAAAACACAUGGUGUAUUCUUCUGCAUAACGCGUGGUAAAGAUACGCUGUGGCUAAACAUGUACGAAGCGAAGAUGGUAAGUUGUAUUUAGUUUAAAAGCACAAUCCCAAGAGCUGAGAGCGGAACUGGCGGCAGUGUAGUUAAAUAAAGACCGUGAAAUAGAAGAGCUGCGAGCGGAACUAGCGGCAGUGAAGAUAAAUAAAAACCGCGAAAUCCAAAAGCUGAGAGUGGAACUGGCGGCAGUGAAGAUACCAAUGCCAAGAAGAAGAAGUUCAAGUAGCUGAAAGCGAUGUGAAAGAGGCCCUUAAAGAAGUCGUAAGCAAACUAAAUGCCUUUUAAUAUAUUAAACGAUAUUCUUAAGAAAAAUUAAUAUGCCGCCGUGACAUCCACCAUAAUUAGUUUUGAAUUAACACAAUUAACUUUUCGGAUUCUACUGUCCAAACUCUUUUAUAUAUCAACGGUAUGGCAACAAAGAAAGUAAACCUAACUAAAUUAGAGUUCUCGCACUGACCUUGUUGCCUACUAACCUCCGUGUCCUCUUAUUUGAUACUCAUAUCGCAUUUUAAGGAAACACUAAUCCACCAAGUCGUGUCCACCAUAAUUAUUUUAGAAUUAACGCAUUUUUAAGCAGAUAUUAAAUACAUCAUCAUUUGAGGAAUGUUCAAGUAAAGACUCUGCCUUGUUUACCUUAUGAUUAAUAAGCAUAAAACUUUAAAAAAAAGUGAAGUAACGAAAACUUAAUUAGCUGUAACUUUGUGUGCGUAUGGCUGAUUAUUUCCAUUUUCGUAAAUAUGAAAAAUAUAAGCGUUCGAUGUUUAAUAAUUUGCAGUUACCCAACGAAAAAUUCGAAGUACCAGAACCAUUGAAACAGGCGUUUAUUACUGAGGGUUACCAAAAGGACAUGUUGGAGAAUAUGUUCCCCAGCCUUACAGAAGAAUUAAAUAUAAACAACUACACAAUUCGCUUUGGAACACUCUUACAUUUAGAAGAGAUGGAGUGGCUUGGCAAUAUACGCAAAUAUAACCGUGAACGAGGCCAUUUCACACGUAAGGGCAGAUAUUAUUUACCUCUCACCAUAGAAAAUGAAAAGCUUUCCGAAUGUCGUCCUUCGUUGGUAAUUGGAGACAUUAUCAAAGCGAAAGACCCCUGGACCGAUAGUGAAAAUGCCGAACACACAUAUGAAGGAGUGAUUCACAAGGGGCUUUUCAAUCGCAUUCUGCUUAAAUUCGAUGCAAACUUUCAGCAAAAAUAUAAUGGCGAAGGUUAUCAUUUAGAAUUUUACUUCUCCCGGUAUGGCUACCGGGAACAACACCACGCCGUCUUACGAGCGAUUAAGAAUUUAGGCGAACAAUUCUUGUUUCCAUCCGGAGCACGGACGCGUCGAUGCCCACAAUUGAAUAUACACUUUGAUGAACAUCGUGACCAGACGAUAGAAAAGGAUUCUAGAGAAGCGGAAAUUCUGACCCAACUUGACGACUUACUGCCGCAAUCACGGACUCAAGCCAAAACACAUGGCAUAUUCUUCCGCGGAAUGCGUUCUGAAGAUAUGCAGGAAGAAGACUCGCCAUCAUGGUGUAAUUUUUAUGAAGCGAAGCAAGUCUUUCUAAUGACAGUUAAGCUGUAUCGAAAAAACAUCAAACCGGAAUCCAUCGGCAUCAUAACACCGUACGAAAAACAAGUUAAACGUCUGCGUAAACUUUUCGAUGAUGCCGACGUAGCAGCGCCUAAAAUAGGAACGCGAAAUAAUAUUGAUCUCAACAGUGAGAUCAAGCAAGGAGCUUACACCUAGCGAUGUGCGACAUGGAUUAGGUUUCAACAAAAACAAGGCACUAACUAACCUUGCAAUUUCUCG